CAUUUUUGCUCAUUUCAUCACUAUGGCAUAGGUCUGGCAGGAUUUUUCUGCUAACUUGUUAAGCAUGCCAGUUUGACAGGCUGCUUUAGGAAAAGGUUUCUGCUCUUGCUGUAUGGUUUAGCAGAUGCUGGGUUGCAGUUCUGUACUCAUAGUGUAGGGGAUUAAGGAGACAGAAGGAUCUCCAUGAGGGAAUGCGGCAAUUGUCCAGUGUAAACCCAGCUGCAUCCAAUAGGCAUUCCUGUCAAGGACUGUCCCCAGUUCAGUUAUCUAUUUGUCAAAUCAACUCAACAUUGUCUUCUGCUUGGAGAAAUCACUGGCUUAGCUCUGCACUCAAGGAGCAGAAUUAGCUGCUACUGAAGAGACAAUAGGGAGUAUGGAAGGAAGCAGGCAACAGUGCAAAGCAGAUCAGUAUGGUAAGAUACAAAGAUGCCUGAAAUACACUGCUUUGUAUGUUGUAAAUUGCUGGGUACACAGGAAAAAACUAUGCAUAGAAAGUUCCUAAAAUAAUCACAAGCCAAACUGUAAGCCUUUCAAAACAUUACAUCUCUAGCUGGCACAGCUAGUAGAUAUGUGAGAGAAGCACUAACAAGUAGAGAGAAAACUCUAAGGGGAACCCUAGUGUUUUCCAUCUGUCACAGGGUAAAUAGGCCCUAUUGAUCAUCUACCACUUGAUUUAUACUAAAUGUUUUCAAGCAUUUCAUGUCUGUAAUUUUCAAAUACAAAAAUAAGUAAACUUUGGUUUAUGGGAAUUACACAAACACAGGCAACUAGAUUUUUGUCUAGUCUUUGAAAAAUGUGUACUAAUCAGCAGUACUCAGCUAUACCAUAGAUACUCAGAAAGUGAGUAGAAUUUUUUAACUUUAAAAUAACAGCUGUCUGAGUUUGGGUUUUUUUUGAGGGGUCUGAAUAAUGCAAAAGGAAGAGUGAAAAAGCUUCAGUGUUGGCUUCAGUUGUGCUCUUACUGUUUCGAAUACUGGGUCAUAGAAGAUAUACAAAGCUUUUACAGCCCCACUAUAAAACAGCUCUUUAUCUUUUCUCCACUAAUUCUGUGGUGUCACAUUUAACAAAACUAGGAAACUGGAGAUAAUAUAGAUGUUUGCAGAUUGAUGUCAGGUAAUAAAUAACACUAAUUUCGCAUACCUACAAAUGUAAAGGCACCUUAUCACUGUUUAAGUUUCUCACUCUUUGUAAUGCCUGCCAACAUUUUAACUCAGGCAAAUUACCGUAUUGUUUUUGCUGGCUUUUCACUGGGAUAAAAUACACAGUCAUAAUAUCCUUUUAUCAGAUUUCAUGGUAUAAAAGGACUUUGGUGCUUAAUUCAAGCUGCACGUUGCUGAGAUCAUUGCAGAGCUUCUGUUUUGGAAGAUGUAUUUAUCUUACCUUUUAGUCAUUGUCUUUUCUUUCCACAGUGGUCUAAGUGCCAAUUGCCCAAGAAGAUGCAGUUGUGACCCUGCCCUGUCAGUGCAAUGCUACAGAACUAUGGAGAUCCCCAGAGAGAUUCCUGUUGCCACCAGGAGACUCUACAUCAGUCACAGCAAAAUUAGACAACUCCAGAUUACUGACUUCAGGAGAAUGUCAGCCCUUGAACAGCUGGUCCUAUCAUGCAGUGGCAUAGAAUCAAUAGAAAACAACACUUUCAAAGCUCUGAGCACCUUGAAGUCCCUGGAACUCUACAAAAAUCAGCUAAAACAAAUACCCACCUUCCUCCCAUCUGGCCUUGAAAUUUUGAAACUCGCUGACAACUUCAUCAACACUCUGCAUGUAUCUGAUUUUGAAGGUUUGCUGAAACUAAGAGUGCUCGAUAUUCGAAACAACUUGAUUUCGACUCUGCCUUCAAGCGCAUUUUCUUCCCUUUUGAAUUUACAGAGUCUGAUUCUGGAUGGCAACAACAUGGAAUCUGUGUCUGCACCACUUAAGCUUCCUAGGCUGAGGUAUCUGAGCAUGGCUGAUAAUAAACUGAACUCGUUCCCAACCAACUUCUUUGCAUCUUUCCAGAAUCUACAGUUUCUCAGUUUAAGUGGCAACUUUCUGACAAAAGUGCCUCUUGACCUACCUAAAUCCCUGCUGUCACUAAAAUUAGAGAAAAACCAACUUAAAACAAUAAGACUUCGAGACAUGAAGCACCUAGAAAACCUCUAUGAGUUCUUCCUAUCAGAAAAUCGGCUAACAUCAAUAGAUGGUGUCCAGCUUCUUCCUAACUUAACAACACUGGAGCUCUCUAAGAACCAGCUCCACACUAUGCCAAUCAGGCUGCCUGGCAGAUUGCAGAAACUCGACUGCAGCAGUAACCUGAUUCAAAGGGUGACAGCACAGGACUUCCAAGGACUACAAGACCUCAAGCACUUAUUCCUUGACAACAACGCUGUUAGCAUGUUUGAGGCAGGAGCUCUUCAGCAGUGUCCGCAGCUUUCAAAUCUGGCACUGGAACAGAAUCUCCUCAUUUCUAUUCCUCUGAGACUUCCAGACACCCUUGCUAGAUUGGAUCUAAAGGGAAAUGACAUAGAGGAUGUUGGAGAACAAGAGCUGAAGGACUUGAAACAGCUUCAGGUUUUAAAUUUACGGAAUAACAAGAUAUCUGCCUUGGAUCGCAAAGUCUUAGAGUAUUUACCCCGUCUUCGUCAUCUGUAUUUAGAUGGAAACCCUUGGAACUGCACAUGUGACCUUCUCAGAACCAGAAGAACGCUGGUGGCCAAAGGGACAGACGUCAGAGGGGGGCAGUGCGUGGCACCAGCAGAAAGCCGAGGAGAAAGUUGGAUGUCUUCCAAAAAGAUUCUGCAACAGUGUGAAGAUAAUCUGUCUUCCAUGGAAAGAGGCAAAGAGGACAGAAAGAAAAUGAAACCCAGUGAGGCCUCCAGCACUGGAGUGAACACAGAUGAUGAUUACUAUGAUUAUGAAUUAGACUAACCCCAUGGAUAUGAAUUAGACAACCCCACACUUGUCUGGAGCUGCUGACUACCAGCAGCAUCUCUACUGACAACCAUCUGCUGACCUGUCACUAAGUUUUCCUCUUUAGUUUGUGCUAUAAGAGGUAAUCGCUAGUGACAGAAGGGCUUAAUAAGGAUGCCAUUGUAAACUGAAAGUUGUAAAAAAUGCAAAUUGUUUUCCUAUCCCAUUAGUACUAUGUAAUUUGAGGCAAGUAAGAAUACAAUUACUAACUCUUAGAAAAGCAGUCUGUAAUGCUGUAUGGACCUUUUUAUAGUAGUAAAUUCUUAUAGUUGCAUAAAACUUCACAAAUAAAAUCCUGCAAAACCACAAGAUACUAUUACUAGGAGUCUGGCAUUCAACACAUUUAAACUCACAGGUCUGAAGUUAAGAUGGAGAGUUACAUCUAUGUGACCAACUUCUCAGGACUGUUCAAAGAUUCUCACUUUUAAGAAAUUAAUUUCUGUUUUC